AUGAAUAUACAUCCAAUAGGCAUCAUUCCGAGAUAGUAGUUCAACAUUCCCAACAUGAAGAAUAUUUCUAGAUAAAGACCAAGAACAAACUACAUGAGAAAUAAGAAAAGGAUAAUCAUAGGUCAGCAUGACUAAAAGAACUAUUAGUCUAAUUAAAUGAACCAAUUAACUCAAUACAAUAUUCCUCCUGAUUUAAACAGAACAAUGACUCCUAAUAUUCUAAGUCAAGCUUAUGAGAUGUCUUAAUAGCCUCGAUUAGGGCUUAAUCAUACACAAAUCAUAGACUAUAGCAGUAAUAAUUCUGGAUUUUUUGAAUAACGAAAGAAUUCUUCUAUAGAGAAUAAAUUAAUCAAGUUGCCUAAUAAUUAAGGUAUCUCGCCAAUUUAAAGCAAUCAAAUAAGUAAUAAUGUAAGCUAAAACAAUAUUGACUAUGUAACCUAGAGAUUCAAAGUCGGAAAUAAUAUCAAAUAGUCAAAUAUUAGACAAAGACCUUAGUCUUAGGGCAGACCAAGAACAAGAGUUAAUAUAUAAAAUUUUAGGAAUUAAAAUUUAAUGGGGCUGGGAGGGUUUAAUGGAGAUGAUAAUAGUGCAUAAUAUUCUAGAAGCAGACUAGAUUAGUAAAACUAAUUUUAGCCCUAAGUACUAGAGAGCUUCGAAAUGAAUAAAAAUGAUUCUUUAAAUUUGCUUUGA